UUGCAACUUUCUUUGGCCUUCAUAGGACUCUAAAAUUUCGACAUCUACAACGUGAAGCUUCAAGUUCAGCCGCUGGGAAAAAAAUGCGUCGACACCUUGAAGUCCACAAAUAUACCCUCGAGGAAGUAUACUAAACUCCGAAUUGAGACAAUUGAGACGUAUUGUGACAUGUGAUAAAACAAUGGUUUGUUUUCAACCUUCAUUGUGUGCACCCGGGCUACUGAAGGCGACACUUUUGUUGGCGAUGAAUGGGUCGACCUGAUUCUUUUCGAGCAAUAUAAAGUAAUUACGCUCGCUUCGUGAUAUUUCCAUCCUCUCCCCCGUUCUUGCUAUUUCGUUCAAAAUCAGAAAGCUGGUUCUCGAGUCCCGGUGGACCGCUACAUUCAAUCCAAAAUUCACAUCCUUCUAUGCCUUCACAACGACCUACACUUCCACCGAUUCAUAGCUUGGACCUUCUUCCUUUGUGUAGGGAAGUCAAUGCUACAGACGAAUCUCAAAAGUGUUCAUUACGCCCUAUACCACUGUAUCAAAACCAUCGUUCACAACGUCAAGCCUCCAUCUGUUCUUCUACAUCUUCACGAACACCGUCUCCACCACCUUUGCAACAUCCUUCCUCAGCAUUCUUGGCCAGGAUUCGCUUUCGACUCGUUCCAUGUCCUUUGGAUGCUGCAGACGCCGUUGUUGUUGUCCCUCCUCCAGAUGCUCCGUAUAUUCCGCCACUUUCUGCUCUCCGAACGUCUGCAUGCUACGCUCUGCGUUCCCAGGCCCUUUUCCUCAUCGGACCUGCUCUACAGCAGUUGCGUCAACCACAUCAGCCCCUUGCCAAGGGCGCCAGGGUGCAUCCGUACCGUAUUCUUCGUAGCGGGGAAGUCGACUGGAGAUCACCAGUAUCUUCGGACUCAGAUAUGUCGAUUUCGUUAUGACGAUGUACCCACACAUACGCAGUUCGCAUAUCUCAUAUCUCCGUGCCAAUUACUGUAUCAUCCUCACUGUACCACAAUGAAGCUCUUUUGAGGGGUAGCAGGGGAAAUGGUUUCCUACUACUCGUUUUCGUUGUACAUUAUCUAGUUAUUGGUGUUGAAAUUGUAUAGGUUUCAAG